CAUUGGUCUUAACCAUUGCCUUCACCCUGCAGACCAAACGUAUGCUUGUUGAGAAGAUGGGCCGAGAGGCAGUGGAGUUGGGUCAUGUAGAAGUCAGCAUCACUGGUGUGGAAGAGAACACUCUGAUUGCCAGUCUGUGUGACUUGUUGGAGAGGAUCUGGAGCCACGGGCUGCAAGUUAAACAGGGUAAAUCUGCACUGUGGUCCCACCUGCUACAUUACCAGGAAAGCAAAGAAAAGAAAAGUGCAACCCCAGCUGGUUUGGGACCUCCAGGUUUCAUUCACGACACUGAAAGACGGAAAUCGGAUGGUGGUGGAUCUGCCAUGCCCCCACUUAAAGUGUCCCUGAUCCAGGACAUGAGGUGAGGAGAAAAGAACAAUAAGGCUCAUUUUUGGAUCCAAGUGGAAGGAAACUGAUACUGUCUCGAUGUCUGUGAAGUCUCAACUUAAAUACAUAACACAGAAGUACCUUGAUGCAGAUUAACCAGCCAAGUUCCUGACAUCACUCACUAAACCAUGCCCCUUAAUGGCACGCAAACAAGACUACAGCUGUUGUUGUUGUUAAUUUCAGCUUGUCCAACGUAUAGUAAUUAAACUUCGUAAAACAGUCUUUUUUUGUUUUUUACAUUCAUUAUGUUUUUUAUGUAAUAGUUAUAUUUGCCUUUAUUAAAUAGCUACAUCAAAAAC